AUGCAGUUCGCCACCAUUCUCUCCGUCGCUCUCCUCUCCAUGGGCGUUGCAGCCCAGAAGAUCGGCCCGAACGGCAAGCGCAUCUGCGUCGGCGGCGCCAUCUCGUGCCAGUACCAAAAGGGCCGCUGUGCCAACAUCUGCGUCGACUCCCACCACAACGGCCAGGGCACCCCCGCCUUCAUCGACCCCAACUGCUCGUGCCCAGAGGGCCAGGCCAACAACAAGUACACCGGUGCCGCCUGUAUCGAUGUCAUCCGCGCCCUUGGCCGCGCAGGCUGCUAA